AUGGUACCUGGGGUGCGUGAGGAUGAGGAGGAGUGUGGCCAACAGGACAAGGACGACUGGGACUGGGAUUUCCUGGGGACAUCGAAACCCAGUUCUGGCCCAGGGAAGAUGCCCGUGAAACGUGGCACUGAGCGCAGCUCUGAGACAACAGCAGAACAGAGCAGCAGGAAAGGUCCUUGCCCACAGCGCCAGGAGCUGGAAGCAAAGAAGGAGCAGCUGGGGAGAGACAGGCAGAGGCUGGACGAGGCCUGGCAGGAAAUGCGGCUGGAGAAGGAGAAGGUGAUCGGGGCCGUGCAACGUGUCCGGAAGCAGCAGGAGAUGAUCAGAAGCACAAAGGAGCUCUUGGCCCAGAAGCACGCAGAGGGGGAGCGAGCCCUGGGGGAGGCACGCAGGAUGCAGUCCGAGUUCUGGGACAAGCUGCAGGUCCUGCAGCAGCAGGAGGAGCAGCUGAAGCAGCGGGAGGAGCAGCUGAGGCAGGAACAGGAGCAGCUGAGGCAGGAACAGGAGCAGCUGAGGCAGGAGAAGGAGCAGCUGAAGCAGGAGAAGGAGCAGCUGAAGCAGUUGCAGGAGCAGAUGAAUCUGCAACAGGAGCAGAUGAAGCAACAGCUGGAGCAGAUGAAGCAGCAGCCAGAGCAGCUGAAGCAGCAGCUGCAGCAGCUGAAGCAGGAUCAGGAGCAGCUGAAGCAGGAAAAGGCCUCCCUGUCUUCCAUGUUCAGUGCCCAGAUGCAGCUGCUGAAGUUCCAGGCCCAGCAGGGGGACAAAGAGUUAGAGAAGCAGAGAAUCUUCUUGGAGAACCUGAAGAAAUUACGAUACAACACUGCACAACUGUCAACAACCCCUCCAUCCUCCUCCCGUUCUGUGGACGAUACCAUUGAGUAUACGCAUGUAUUAAUAGGGGCCCUGAGGAAAGCAUCUCCACCUGUGCAAGUCGUCGACCUGUCCUCCAUUCUUCUGCCUCCCAUUACUUUCAGGACCCUUUAAUCAGGCUCUGCCCCAGUGUCCAUUCUGACAGAUCUGCUUCUGUCGUGACUUGUAAUAACAUCGGAUGUGAGACUGUGGCUACGCGUUAGAGGCCUCAAGGACUUCAGGAGUUCGCUUGGACACAUUAGCGAGGAUGCUUAAUAAAAAGAAAGGGAGGACUGUUGCAGAAUAAAUGUACUCACUUAAAUUCCUUUAGUUGUAUUCUCUGCUUCGACAUAUCGAGAUAAGGACAGAGAAAAAACUGCCUGGAAGACAGAGGAAGAGAAUCCAAGAAGAAACAACGAAGGCCCCAGACCCAAAAUUACCACUGGACCAACAGGCUCGUGAAAGAUGCGUGAAGAGCGGGUGCACAGACUGGGGGGGUUUACAAGCCCAAGUCUCUUUUGUCUCACGCUCCUCCUGCUGAGAGGCCCCACGUCCAGACUGUUUCUUUGCUGUUAUGUGGUUAUUUAUGGAGAUCCCGAGGAAAGCGCCCUGCAACACUUCACCUCUGCCCGCGUCCCGACCGUCCUCCCUUCUCUGGACUGAAGAGACUGAAGACUAAAUUAAUGUGGACUCUGGUAAAGUU